AUGGAGGUGUUUGAUUGUGCAGCUGUGGAGGAUAUUAUUCACGUUCCUUUGUUGGAGGAGGUUACGGAAGACAGAUUAAUUUGGAGUGAGGAGCAAAGUGGUAACUAUCCUGUUCGCUCCGGCUAUAGAUUAUGGAGGAAGGCUAAAAAGAGGCAGAAUGUUGGGGAGGGGGAGGCUAGUUGGUCUAAUUUGUGGAAGAUUAGUGCGGCACCUAGAUUUAAACUGUUAUGGAGAAUUUGCAAAGAUUUCCUACCCACUCGGAAAAGACUUCGGCUUCAUCAUGUUCCUUGUGUGGAAGAGUGUCCGCUUUGUAAUUUGUCUAUAGAAGAUGAUUGGCAUAUUUUCUUUGGGUGUGCGGAGUCGCUUAUUAGUUGGAGGGCGGCUGGAUUGGGUCCUAUUAUAGAAUCUAGAAUUCAGGUAGUCUCGGAUGUUCGUUCGGUUAUCUUUGAUAUUUGUAACAGUGAGGAUAGGAAGGUUGCAGGUCGAGUCGCUGUUAUGGUGGAGGCACUGUGGAAAAAUAGGAACGAUAUGGUGUGGAAUAACGAGAAGGAUGAAGCUUCUCGUCUUGGUUGGCUUGCUUUUCAUCGUUGGCAAGAAUUGUUUACCACUCAACAGGUUCUGGGUAAUAACAAUAAUCUUCAUCAUGCAUUAACUUGGUCUCCUCCUGAGGAGGAUUGGGUUAAAUGCAACGUCGACGUCGGGUUUAACUCACUUUUGGGAACGACUAAUAGAGGUUGGUGUAUUCGGGGGGAGGGUGGUAGUUUUAUCCAUGCAGGUGUGGCUUGGGAUUCUAGACAUCUCUCUAUUCUCGAAGCCGAGGCAUUGGCUCUUAAAGAGGCUAUCCAAGACUCUAUUGCUCUUCAUCUCGAUCGAAUUAUUUUUGAAAGUGAUUCUCUUACAGUGGUUAUGGCAUUGCAUUCCAAUGCUUCUGGUAGUUCCGAGUUUCAUCAUGUUAUUCGUUCUAUUAGAUUGCUUUUAUCUUCUUUUCACAACUUUGAGGUUAAGUUUGUUAAACGCCAAGCGAAUAUGGUUGCCCAUUCUCUUGUAAAGGCGGCCAAUUCUUGGGCUAGGCGUAGUUCUUUGCAUUAUAUUCUUCCUUGUAUCGCUUUACUUAUCAAUAAUGAAAUGAACUAG